AUGGUUUUCGAGGUCGGACCCGUCCCCUUCAACCCCGACGGCUGGGGCCCCCCGGAAGUGCCCGCGUCCCCCGUCCUCUACAAGCCGAUCGGCCCGGACGGCGCCGCCGUUCCUCACCACCAUCCUCCGAACGUCCCCUUUGCCCCCUUCUCCCGAUCGGAGAAGCUAGGCCGCAUCGCCGACUGGACGCGCAACCCCGCCGGGUACGGCAACCUCGGCCCCGGCGGCCGAGGCGGCGCCGCCGGCGUCUUCGAUUUCGCCCUCGACGAGUCCUCUGCCCUCGCCGCCGCCGCGGACGACGACUCCACCUUCCGCCUCGUCGACGGCAAGCCGCCGCCGCGCCCCAAGUUCGGUCCCCGGUGGCGCUUCCAGCAGCGCCCCCAGCUGCCGCAGCGCCGCGAUGAGGAGGUCGAGGCCCGCAAGCGCGAGGCCGAGAAGGAGCGCGCUCGCCGGGAUCGCCUUUACCACCAGAGCCGCUCCGCCGUCGGUGGUCCCGGCGGCGUCGCCGGUGCCGGCCGCCGCGAGGCGGCGAUCUUCAAGUCCUCGGUGGACAUCCAGCCAGAGUGGAUGAUGCUGGACCAGAUCCCCUUCUCCACCUUCUCCAAGCUCUCCUACUCCGUCCCCGACCCUCCUGAGGACCUCCUCCUCUGCGGCGCCGUCGAGUUCUACGACCGCUCCUUUGACCGCAUCAACCCCAAGAACGAGCGCCGCCUGGAGCGCUUCCGCUCCCGUAACUUCUUCAAGGUCACCACCACUGACGACCCGAUCAUCCGCCGCCUGGCGAAUGAGGACCGCGCCACCGUCUUCGCCACCGACGCCAUCCUCUCCGCCCUGAUGUGCGCCCCCCGCAGCGUCUACUCCUGGGACAUGGUGAUCCAGCGGGUGGGGAACAAGCUCUUCUUCGACAAGCGCGACGGUUCCCAGCUGGACCUUCUCUCCGUCAACGAGACCUCGCCGGAGCCCCUGCCGGAGGCCAAGGAGGACAUCAACUCCGCCUACUCGCUCAGCGUAGAGGCCGCCUACAUCAACCAGAACUUCUCCCAGCAGGUCCUCCUCCGUGGCGGCGACAGGGUCACCUUCGAGGAGCCCAACCCGUUCGCGGCGGAGGGGGAAGAGGCCGCCCCUGUCGCCUAUCGCUACCGCCGCUGGAAGCUCGACGAGGACAUGUUCCUCGUCGCCCGCUGCGAGGCUCACGCCGUGUCCGACGUGAAGGGGCAGCGAUCCUUCAUCACCCUCAACGCCCUCAACGAGUUCGACCCCAAGUUCUCUGGCGUGGACUGGCGGCAGAAGCUCGAGACGCAGAAGGGCGCAGUCCUCGCCACCGAGCUCAAGAACAACGCCAACAAGCUCGCCAAGUGGACCGCACAGGCCCUCCUCGCCGGCGCCGACCUGAUGAAGCUCGGCUUCGUUUCCCGCCUCCACCCCCGCGACCAUUUCAACCACGCCAUCCUCAGCGUCGCUGGCUACAAGCCCCGCGAGUUCGCCGCCCAGAUCAACCUCAACACCGCCAACAUGUGGGGUAUCGUCAAGUCCAUCGUCGACCUCUGCAUGAAGCUCGGCGAGGGCAAGUACGUCCUCGUCAAGGACCCUGUCAAGCCGCAGGUCCGCAUCUACGAGGUUCCUGCCGACGCCUUUGAGAACGACUACGCCGAGGAGCCCCUCCCAGAGGACGAGCAGGUUCAGCCGCCGGCCGAGGACGACGAAGCUUCAGCCGCCGCCGCCGCUGCUGCCGCCGACGAGCAGGCGGCGCCUCCCGCCGACGCCGCUGAUGCUGCUGUUGCUGCUGCCGUCGACGGAGGGGACAUGGAGAGCAGCAAGGACGCCGCUGCGGCCGCCCUCUGA